GGGCAGCCCACCUGCUUGCCUCUCUCUUUUUUUUUCUUGUCCUACGGUUCCCAACUUGUCCUACUUAUCAAUACCUGUUCCUUCCUACAUUCUCUUCUGCUUUCUCAUUAUCUUUUCCUCUCCUCCUCUAUUCUUUUACUUGAAAUCUUAAUGCCCCACGCCCACUCUGACAUAAUGGGUCAACCAAUCGUGAACGGCGAGAAAGUCCAUUCUCAAUUCAUCGAUCAUCUCACCUCCUACCCUGUCGUCUCCGACUCCAUCUCUCUCUUCAAGAGCAACCCCUACGGCGCCAAGUCCCUCGAGCUCAGCGACACUGCCUACGCCCGCAUCGCCAAGCCAGUCCUGCCCUACUUCUCCACUCCCUACAGCUAUGUCGCGGCCUACCUGGCCCGCGCCGAUGCUCUGGGCGACAAGGGUCUGACCCAGAUCGACUCGCGCUUCCCUAUCAUCCGUGAAGAUACCCAGAAGAUCCGCGGCACUAUCUACAAUACCGCCGGCUUCCCAGUCCGUGUGGCUGGCGAUGUCAAGCAGCACCUGUUCGAGAUCUACGGCUCUGAAUACAAGAAGUGUGGCGGUGAUGGCGUCGUCGCUUCCGGCAAGGCCUUGAUCACGACAAGUCUGGUUCUGUCAACCGAGUCAUUGACUUAUCUUACGACUUGGUUCCAGAAGGCCAAGGAGGAGGCUAAGGAGGUUGUGAAUGAGAAGACCAACAGCCACUGA